CCGAUGACGCCACGGGAUCAACAAAAGACGUCACGGCCGUUGCCAUGGCAUUUUAAUUACGAGAGCGUUACAGGCGAACGUUGUGUGGGCUCGCUGCCCGGAGACGGCACGGGUAACGGUUGCUAUAGGAAACCUAGUCCGGAUAAACCAGCGCGCGCCGACCACCCGAACGCUCUGAACGGCCGCAGGAGGAUGUCUGCACUUCCUUCAAAGCCUGGCCUUCACCACAGUGUGUCAGAGUGGCACAGCAACAACCACCAGCUGACUGCCACAGCUCGACAUGAGCGACUUGUGUCUAACGCGAUCCGACAGGAAGGGAGGUCACUGCGCAGCGAGACCAGCUGCAAGACAACCUGGGAUGAGAGUGAUACCUCUCGCAGGCUGAGCGACCGGGUUUGGGAUGUUGCUCGAUGGAAGGAAGCGUUGGAAACCUGCGCACAGAGAGUGGAUGAAGAGAUGGAGGCUCUGACCCUGUCUAAAGAGCAGACAGAGCAGGCCCUGGCCGCGACUGUCCUCCCUCUGGAGGUCAGCGCCGAGUGUCUGACGCUGAGGGAGGGACGACGAGGGUACGAGCUGGUCACCGACCCUGUGGAUGAGCAGCUGAAGAAGGAAGUGGCGCUGAUCGGAAGAGUGCAGCAAGUUCUGCAGCAGCACAUAGACAAGGCCUUUGAACAGCUGUGUGUUUUGCGGGAGGCUCGGCAUCAGCUGACCGCUGACCUCCAGAACAAGACGGACGCUCUGGACAUUGACAUGUCCUGCCUGUCACUUUCAAUAAAGUCACCUCAGAUCUCCCUGAAGACCAACCCAACUCGCAUACCGUCAGGCGGCUCCACCCCCCAGGAGUGGGUCCAGUUCACCCAGUAUAAUGUAGCUCGUGCCCAGCAGGCCAUGCAGGUGUCCCAGCAAAUGAGGGAGGAUGUGAGUCUCACCAGAGCCCAGCUGCAGAAUGAGUUGGAGACUCAGCAGAGGGCCACGGAGUUUGCUCUACGUAAGCGCAAUCACCAUGAGGAGCAGGCCCGCGAUGAGCUGGAGUGGCAAAUAAGAAAAACUGAAGGUGAAAUGACAGAAAUGGAGAGCGACAUCCACGGGCUGGAUGCAGAUCUGCAGGCAAAGAUGGCCUCCCUGAAACUGGCUCACACCAGACUGGAGAACAGGACCAACAGGCCUGGCAUGGACCUCUGCAGAGACGAGGUUCAACGCGGCCUCGUUAAUGAAGUCCAUCAGCUGGAGGCCACAAUCACGGCUCUGAAACAAAAGCUGUCUGAGGCGCAACACUCUCUGCAGAAGAUGAAGCUCCAUCAUGCCCGCAUGCUGCAGGAUCUUUCCAGAAAACGGGAAGCUUUAUCUCUGGAACAACGAAGCAUGAACACCCGCACACGCCUUACAUCGGCCUCGAGCGCCGGCAAAACCCCGCCGCUGCCGGUCCCACUCGCAAACUCCAGUGGGAGGAGCAACCUGCGGCUGCUGGCUUAGUAAGAAGACGGUAUCUGUGUUUUUUGGAGGGGAGGCAUCUAAUUAAACAAAUAUAUCGGCAAGCAAUGGACAUCACCAAAAUGUUCUGUCCAUACUUAAAAUACAUUCAAUUUUGAGGUCUGAGCGUAGUAAAUAAAAUGAAAAAAUGAAUUAGUCAUCUCAGGUAGUUGCUGAAAAACAAACCACCUUCCUGUAUUUUAUUUUUUUAUUUCAACAAGAAUCAACGUCCUCUUGCUAAAAUAUUCCUGACCUGUCAACACCCUUUUUUUGUGUGGGUAAUUUGCUUUUAGUUGUCAUUAAUUAUGGACAUUAUUUGUGUUUGUUUAACUUUUACAAGAAAUUACGCACAUAAUCUGGCCUCGAUUAAACAUUUACUGAUCAAGAUAUUUAUGGCAUCUGAAUGUAUUUAUGUAUGUUGUGUUUUUUUUUUAAAUUUAUUGAUUAAAUCCAAAAAUUCACUAGUGAAAGAGCUCACGUUCAUGUAUGGUAGGGUCUUUACUUUUAUCGACCAUUAGCUUUAAUGGCUUUGUUUGGCCUCAUUUUAUUGUUUGAUCAACUGACUCUGUUUGGACCAUGAAGGCGAUGAUAAUGACGUGAACUUUGACUCAUACAGUAUACACGGUUUAGAUAAAAAAUCUGGUAAACAGGCACUAAACAGGGUCCCUAAGACAAUAAACCCUCGUAGCUCCCACCUGCCUCAGCAGUAAUGUCUUCAAAUGGACGUGUUUGUGUCAGUUGCUGCUUUUUAUGAGGAUGUGGAGAUAGAGAGGCCUGUUUUAAAAAAAAUGCUUGGCCCCUGUCUCAUCUGAGAUCUUGUCUGUUUAGAAAAAUGUCUCUGAUCAUCAGUUGUCACAACACCGUCAGUAAAUCAUAGUAUACUACUCUCUGUUUCCAUAUUGAGAUCAGACAAGGCUGAGACCGCAUCUGCCAAUUAGCAUUUGUUGGUAUUGCUUUAUUUUAUGCACAUGUUGUUGCUUAUCAUUUCCUAAUCCCCAAUUUCCCAAAUUUCCCCAAAUGAAAUUCACCAGUCAUUUAUUAUUGCACUGUAAAAUAUAACAUGUUGUUCUCAACUUAAAAAUAUGAGUGAAAGGUCUGCCUUAACAUUUUUGGUUAAAUCAAGAAAUGUUAUCCUGAUUAAAUAGUGCUUGUUGUGUAUACCGUUGCCUUAGUUUGGUUGAUUUAGAUUUGUUCAUUUGUUGAACGGCCUGGCUGGUUGUUUGAACUUGAAAAUUUAAGUCAGCUCCAUUAAAAUUGCAUGUGCUGUGAGCCUUUGUCUUCGUUUAUUUGAUUUAUAUUUGUGUAUUUAUUUAAGUCCUUACGUAGUUCUUUUGUGGCCUGUUGUGUAAAGUUUGUCUUGAAUCAUUUUCUCGGUUUGAGAUAGUUUGAAGAGUUUUUCGUUUAACUUGAGGAGCUCAAAGCAACAAAAAAGAGGCCUCUCGGGAGAGUUUUAACUCUCAAGCAGCACAUUCUGCUAAAGUCUGCAGAUAUACUCGUUUUUUUCCUUUAAAGGCUUCAAUUAAUGAGUAGAGCAGUUGAUUUCAAAUCAGAAGACCCCAUUUUAGAACAACUCAUGUUAAUAAGUUCUGAGGCGAUCUGAAAAUAAAAACUAGAAAUUUAAAGUCGAACCUGGACUGCUGUGCAUAACAGCCUGAGAGACUCCAGGUUAUAUACAUCAUUAUUUCUUGGAAACUUU